AUGAGAUUCCCUGCUGCUUUUGGUGAUGAAGAUAACUAUGUGGUCGGAUCUGCAGCUAAAUACAACAUUCAACCUAAAGAUGUAAUUGUUUAUGUUCCUUCAAGAAUACUUAUCACUGUUGAGAAAGCUUUGAAUUCCCCAAUCGGUUUCAUUUUUGAGAAGCAUUCGUCCAUAUUCAAAGCGACUGAAGAUAGAGAUUAUUUAAUUCUGCUCUUGUUUGUUAUAUAUGAGCAUCAAAAGGGAACUAAGUCUUUUUGGCAUCCAUAUUUUGAGGCUAUUAAUCCUGGGAAAUUGACUUGCUUUUGGGAGGAUAACACAAUAGAAGAGAUUAAUGAUGUUGAACUUAGAGAGUAGAUUUAUAUAGAGAGAGAAAAUCUAGAGGAGGAUUGGUAAAUUAUCGAGAAGCUCAUCUUUCUAUAUUCUAAAGAUCACUUUAACACUAAGGUUUGCUCGUACCAACUUUAUCAAAGAUGCGCCUGCUUUGUUUAGACUAGAUGCUUUGGAUGGGGUCUUCCUACUACAUUUGUCGCACCAAUUGCAGAUUGUUUCAAUCAUAAUUCUACGAGCAAUAAUAAGAUUGAUAUAGUAAACAAGAUAUUACAUAAAGCUAAUGAAGAUCUCUAUCAAAAAGAUUUUGAUUUCAAGACCUUAUCUGAAACAAAAGCUGAGCGAAUGAAUUAUAAUGUCAAAGAUCUUUACUCUAUAAAUAGGCCAAUGAAAAAAGGUGCAAAGCUUCUAGAGGAGAGUAAAGAGGAUUACCUUUAUUAAAGUAUGAUUCUAUCUGGAAAUGAAAGAGCCUUUUAGCAGUAUAAAGAGCUCUUUGAAUCUAAGUAGAAUUUAUCUAGUUAACAAAAAAUUUGGGAAAUUAAUUUUUAGCAUUUUGAACUUGAUCAGGAUAAUGAUAUUGAAAGUGAAGAGAAAGACUCUACAGCUAGUACAAAAAAUGAAAAUCUCAGGAGAAAAUUGUUAAGUGAUUCUGGCAAGGGAAUAAGUUCAUAAGAAUUUGAUUUAAUAAAAAAUAAUACAAGACUUAGAGAGGUCUACGGUUUCAGAUGGUGGAGAGAUGAUGAUGAAAAUAAUUUCUUAGUUAUUGUGAAUCAAAGUGGCAAAGAUAUCAAGGCUGGAGAGUAAAUCUACUACAGCUAUGGAAGACGCUCAAACUCUGACUUGCUACUAAAUUAUGGAUUUUGUUUAGAUGAAAAUAAUUAGUACAACUCAAUGCAGUUUAGACUGCUCAAGAAUCCAUCUAAGCUUAAGGAUAAAAUGAAUUACUUUCCAGAUGAGAAAGUAAAGGAUAGUGAGGAUUAUUACGACCUUACUCUCGAUAUAAAGAUUAAAUCAUAUCAGCUUAAUGAAUCAUUGUUUGAGUUUGCUAGAAAGCAGGUGUAUUUCUAAAUGGACAAGGAAUAAUCUAAGACACUCUCUGUUAUGACUUUCAGCCAGCCAUUUUCUCUAGAUUUUGAACUUAAUACAAUCAGAGAGAUUAUGACUAUAAUUGAAGCCUAAGCCACUAUUGAUGAUAUGCUAUAACUAGAUAUAAAUAGUCUUCAAAGUUUAUAUGCAGAGGAGAAAGAUUACAGAUUAAAGUUUGUUAGGUUAUAUAAUCUUGAAAGAAGAAGAGUUUAUGAUAAUCAUAUGAAACUCUUGAAAGUUCUUUAUCUGAUGGUGCAAACCUUCAAAAAUAAAAAGAGUGAGGCAGCAAAGUAUCUAUGGAAUCGUGUUUUGUCAAUUGAAUACCAGGACAGCAUUGAGGAGAUAUUUUAGAGAAGAAUGGGCAUUAAAACAUAUCUGCAUAAAGCAAACAGUCUUAAUUGA